AUGCCAACCCCAGCCCAGAGCCUGGUUGCCCUGGUGGCCGCCGUCUUCCUGGCCCCCACCCUCCGAGUCACCGCGUUACAAGGAACCUGCCGCUUCCCGCUAACCCUCGAAUGCGAUGACGUCCUCAGCGUUGAUGUCUGCGUAAUAGCGGCAUCCACCGCUGACUGCUAUCUUGGGCCCAACACCACGGUCCACCAAGCCCUUUGUGACCUCGCCUGCGAAGUCUCGACGCUCACCCUCCACAACCUACGCAAUUUUUCCAUGGAUGGAGAGGAAGAACUCAACACCGACUGGGGGCGCAUCGGUCGAACGCUCGACGUCUUUGUCGUCUCUGCCUUUGAGGCCAAUGUUUACAACUACAAUUUUGAUUCCCUGCUGGGGCUGGAUAACCCAAUCACCGACUUGACCUUCAACAGCCUCGGCUCUCGCCGCUUCGAUCCCGUCGAAGUCUUCGAGUUUGGCCAACCCCGUCACAGCAGCGUUCAGUCGCUGCAUCUGCGCAACCUCUUCCUGAAUGAGUUUAUCAUGGAUGUCGCCGCCACCUUCUUCGGAAAGCUCCAGUUUCUGUGGCUUGAAGACCCCGUCACAAAUCUUUCCAUGUCCGAUCAACACGUUUACCUGGGACCUGUUAAACAUGUGCGCCUCGAUGCUCGCAACUACGCUCCUACCAAUUACCCACGCCUUGCCCGCAUACAGACCCUCCGCUCCCUUGACAUGCACGGCUACAAUAUCUCCACCAUCGCCUGCGACUUUCUACCUGCCACCCUCAACCUCAACGUUCUUAACAUCAGCGGCAACAACAUCACCCACUUUGGCCUUGACCUGCUUCAUCUUUCUCUCAACAUGUUCAACAUCUACCGGGGCCUCACCGUGCCCCUCCCCAACGGCGAGACCUACACUGCUGCCAUUGACAUGAGCGAUAACCCCUCCACUUGCCUGCUGCAUCCUGUCUCCAAUCCCCAAAGCUCGUCCGGCCCUCUCUUCAUCAACUGCUCUUGCUCAGACCCCCCGCUCCGUGAGGCACCCUAUUGCCCGCCCCCUGUUUUCCUGCCCUGCAAUGAUUCUGAUCCCUCUGCUGGCUCGGUCCAACAGCACCAAGUGUGUGAUGGCUCACUGGAUUGCCCCAAUGGCCGCGAUGAAGCCCGCUGCGCUAUCACCGCCGCCAACUUUCACCUCCAACCCAGCAUGGACUGCAGCGGCCUAUUCACGCUUUCCGCUCUCACGGCACACAACAUCUGCGGCCGUUCCUGUUACCAAAACAUGACCCUGCAUCUCCGGGGUGGCGUUCUUACCUGGUCCCACAAUCCGAGCAAUUGCACCGACCCCAAUAACCCGGGUCCCUUUUUGUGCCCCCCUCUGCAAGCUGUCAUUCAGAAUUGGACCUCCUUCGAAGGUCGCGUAGGCGAAGCCUCCCUUCACGUUCGAGUGGAUGAAGAGAAUGCUGCUCUGGCUAUGGAGCUCAUUUACCAUAUUCGCUUCAACGACAACGAAACCUCGCUCAGCCAGGAAGGCUUUUUUUGCUUUUUGGGAUUUUUUGCAGAAAACAGGAGCACAAAUCGACCCUUUCCUUAUGGGCCCCACUUGCCAAGCGUCUUCUACAGCCGGGACCUAGCACCCGGCCUCGUCACGGAACCCGCAUCAACGACGCCGCCACGCCUUAGCUCAAGCGCCAGCCACGGACCCAACACGAUUGUCAUUGCCAUCGUGGCGGCCAUUGCCCUGGUUGCCUUGGUGCUUAUCCUCUUGAUCCACGCCCAUCUUCGCCGCAAACCACGUCGUCAUAUCAGCAUAACCCACCUACAAUCAGCGCGUGAGGAAGGCAUGGCGCGCUUCGAGCAUGAUUUUGCCAGGGCCUUUGACGACCGCCUGGCUCUAGCCGAAGCCUUUGAGGAUGAGGCAUCUGUGCAGUCACCUGCACAGCUAAAGCAGCGCGUACAAAUAGGAACCGGGCGGUUUGGGCCCUGCUUCAUGGCACAAGCCUCGCUUAAGACCGAGCGACAAGCGCCCGUCAUGGCCUUGUCCCUGGACCCAGGUGCAUCACCUGCCCUUGCCGUGGAGUAUUUUGCCAUGUGCCGUUUGCACCAUCUCGUUGCCCGCCGGCAUCCCAGCGUGCUGCAAUUUUAUGGACUGGCUGCCAACGCUCGCGAAUGCUUUUGCGUCCUCGAGUAUGCCGAAGGAGGCCCCCUACGCGACUACUUGCGCAGCCCUGCAUGGACCAUGCAGCCUGCUGACAUCCAGCAACAGCGGGCCUUGAUUAUGCUCACACAAGUGGCGGCUGCCAUGGCACACCUCGAGUCCAUGUCCAUCGUCCACCGCUGCCUCUCAACUGAUACAGUAUAUAUCAAGCGCAGCUACCUCGAAGUGCGUGUUGCGGGCUUUUCCAUGGCUCGUGACGUGUACGAAUCCCAGAGUUACGUCAGCAUGGCAAGCAAGACUGUGGGUGUAGAACCCAAACUCCGUACUCACAAUGCUUGGAUGGCGCAGCCCACCGAGCCCAUGACCGAAUCAUACGAUGUGCGCUUCCUGUCGCCACAAGCUCUCAUCGAUGGCGAGUACACCAUCAAAGGCGACGUGUACGCGUUUGGGUGCUUGGCCUAUGAAGUUAUCACUGGCAAGCAGCUCUUUCGCAAUCUUAACAAGAGCGCUUUUGUGGCAAAACUACGCUCCCAGCCAUACCUUGACACCACGGGCGUCGAGCCUGGCGUGCUUGCGGAUCUCAUCCGCAACUGCACGCGCACUCAGGAAAAGCUGCGCCCCCGCUUUGUCAGCAUCUUUGGUCUGUGCUGGCAGAAACAACACAACCCGUUGCUCUCUCUUUCCAUGGACGCCCGGUCCAGUCUCCAACAUGCUGACAACGCGGUGGGCGAGGUCAAGGACCUCAUUUCACGCUUCACCCUGCAACACACCAUUGCCUCAUCACCUGGCUGGCGCUUUGGACUCGGCCAGGCCUGGAUUGUGGGCAACUCACGUCAGGCUCGACCGGCCCUAUUGGCCGCCUACGCGAGUGGAUGGACAGAUGUGCAAGCGCUUGUUGCCUUUCUCGCCACAACUAGCCAUCGCACCCUGGCCUGUCCAGCUGCUGCUGGCCCAGUUGAGCAGGAGUUUGUUCUGCUCUUCCCACCUGCCAAGGCACUUCACCAUUGCACAGACCUGCUGGCUUCGCAGUCCUUGGCCCUCGAGGUGUGUGCGCUAGCUGUGAGCGCACUUGCCUGCUUAGCACGUGGCUGCUUCGGCUGCAACUCUUUGCCUUUGGCUUGCCUGAUCGUACAAGCGCAGGAUGCGACCAACGCGUCCAGCGCCUCUGCCACACCCAGCGUCUUUAUUCAAGGCUUUCCAGUGCACCGCCACGCGACACGUGCGGCUGUUACCAACCUCAAUACAGCGCUGCAACUCACCUGCGACCUGGAAGCUGCUGCGCCGACGCCAGCGUCUCGUGAAGCCUUACUGAAAAUUAGGUCCUUGGUUCAGGAGGCCGUGACUACCUCAGCCAACAGUGCUGAUGACGGUACUGCGUUUGAUCGACUCAUGGAGCUCGAGGCAAGGUUGCUCCACGAAUCUGGCCUUCUCACCAAGCCGGAAUACCAGUGGUCGCAACUUCGCUUUGUCCAAGAGUUGGGACAGGGUGCAUUUGGCGAUGUCUCUCUCAUGGAGCUGGAGUCACAGCAACCUCUCGAACAGGAGCGACGUGGUAUGGUCCGCGGCAGCAUCGGAGAUGCCAAGCCUCGGCAGCUGGUUGCUGUCAAGACAUUUCGCGAUUGUGGCAACAUGUUGCAGAGCUUCCAGCAAGAGGUCCGAGCCAUUGAGCACCUGGCGCACCCCAACAUUGUGCGUCUUCUGGGCGUUGUCAGGGAGGCUCACAAUCCAGCCAUUCUCCUGGAGUACCUUCCCCUGGGCUCGUUGGAUGGCUGGUUGAUGAGUGAGGAUGCCGCCGCUGCCUCUGGACGGGAUCUUCUUUAUAUCGCCCACCAGGUGGCAGCUGGUAUGGAUGAACUGUCGCGUUUGCAUAUCCUACACCGAGACCUUGCAGCACGCAAUAUUCUCUUGGGCGAAGGCCUUCAGGCCAAAGUGGCUGACUUUGGUCUCUCUCGCCGCGUCAAGCUCUACUACCGCAUGAAGACAGCUCGUCCGCUCCCGUUGCGCUGGAUGGCCCCGGAAAUGAUCGAUGAGCUCAAGGCUACGGUGAAAACCGAUGUCUACAGCUACGGCAUCCUAUUGUCGGAAAUCUUUUCCUACGGCGAAGAACCCUUUGGCCACCUUGGGGACGAGGAGGUGCUGGCACUUUUGAGUUCGACAUGCCGUGCCCUGCGCCAAGGCACCCGCUUCACGGGCAGCUUGCUUGAUCCCCCAUCGGGCAUGGGCCAAGCGCUCAAGGCACUGUUCAUGCGCUGUGCCGCCGUGGAAGCUCGAUCGCGGCCCACUUUUCGAGAAAUUUUCCUCGAAACCAUGCCCCAUCACUGGGCUACCCUGAGUCGCGGCGUUCGCGUUCGCAAGAUCAGUUCCAAUUCCGCAUCGUCAGAUGUGGCUCAAUUUCAGCUUGAUCGCCGCUUUCGGCGCUCCAUUAGCAGCAGUGACUCGACAACAUGUGAUUCACCGGGGGGUCAUCUGGCCUCUUCCACCCACACAGUGGCCAUUGAUCUAUCUGAUGACGCCUAUGCUGAGACGCACAUUUAA